GCCGUCACCGCCGCGAUGCCGGGGUCAGGCUCCCGCCUCAUCUCGGUGUUCCCGAGCCCGCAGGAACUGGGCGUGUCGUUGGCGCAACUGGUGGUGCAGCGGGCGGCGCAGAGCCGGGCCGGGGCCGGGGGCGCCGGGGAUGGGGCUCGCUUCUCACUCGGGCUCUCGGGAGGGAGCCUGGUGCAGCUGCUGGCCCAAGAGCUGCCCGCGGCCGCCGCCUCCGCCGGGCCCGCAGCCCCAGCGCACUGGACAUUAGGAUUCUGCGACGAGCGCCUCGUGCCCUUUGACCACGCGGACAGCACGUUCGGCCUGUACCGGACUCAUCUUCUUUCCAAACUGCCUAUCCCAGAGAGCCAGGUAAUCACCAUUAACCCUGCACUCCCAGUGGAAGAGGCUGCCUCAGACUACGCAGAGAAACUUCAAGAAGCUUUUCAGGGUGACACGAUCCCAGUUUUUGACCUCCUGAUUUUGGGCAUCGGACCUGAUGGGCACACGUGUUCCCUUUUCCCUGAUCACCCCCUCCUGCAGGAAAAGGAAAAGAUUGUGGCCCCCAUCAGUGACUCUCCAAAGCCACCCCCUGAAAGGGUGACCCUCACUCUGCCUGUACUGAACGCAGCACGAAUGGUUGUGUUUGUGGCUACUGGAGAAAGCAAAGCAGCUGUUUUGAAGCGCAUCCUGGAAGGUGACGAAGAGAAUCCACUUCCUGCUGCGCUUGUGCAGCCCCACACCGGGCGGCUCUGCUGGUUCCUGGAUGAGGCCGCCGCAAAAGAGUUGACCAUUCCAUUUGAGAAGCAUUCCAUUUUGUAGCAGAUGGGCCCAGAUGGGCCCGACCCAGAGUUGACCUCUGCACAUGCUUCCUUCUCUUUGUCCUGAUAUUUUUACAAAGACCAGCGGGUAUGGGGCAGCAGAACUCUCUCCUGGGGAGGGAGUAAGUGAGCCUGAGAACAGGCUCAUGAACUCUGUAUGGUCUCUCUUGUGUGACCACCAAUAUUAAAAUGUGAAUUUAAGCCCCAUAA